UUGAGUGAGUGAGUUUUAAUUAGCUAAUUAAUUAAUUAAUUAAUCAAUCAAUCAAUAAUUAAUCAAUUCUCAGAAUACGCUCGCCGAACUCGAUCCGGAUCCGAAGUUCGAUUUCCCACUUUUGAAACAUCGGAUGGAUUUUUGUCGCCGGCCAAUGCGAUUCUACCAAAAUCGUCGUUGUCGGUGGUGAUUCCAACGCAUUGGUGAGUUUUUUUUCGGUAUUUCUCAUGUUAGGCUUAUUUUUCUGAAAAUAAAUUGGGCCUAUGUUUUUUAGCAUUGCUCAGGUUAGGCUUAUUUCUCUUUACAGCAUUGCUCAGAUUAGGCUUACUUAUAUUUUUUGAAAAUAAAUUUGGCCUGUGUUUUUUAGCAUUGCUCAGGUUAGGCUUACAUAUUUUUCAGAAAAUGAAAUUUUCUGCAUUGCUCAGGUUAGGCUUACAAUUAAAUAUUUUUCUGAAAAUAAAUUGGGCCUAUGUUUUUUAGCAUUGCUUAGGUUAGGCUCACUUAUUUUUCUCUAAAUGAAUUAGGCUUGAUUUUUUAGCAUUGCUCAUGUUAGGCUUAUUUUCUGAAAUUGAAUUAGGCCUAUAUUUUUUAGCAUUGCUCAGGUUAGGCUUACAUUUUUUCUCAGAAUUGCUCAGAUUCGGCUCGCAUAUUUUUUUGAAAAUAUGUUUUUUAGUAUUGCUCAGGUUAGGCUUAAAAUUAAAUAUUUUUUUGAAAAUAAAUUUGGCCUAUGUUUUUUAGCAUUGCCCAGGUUAGGUCCAUUUUUAACAGCGGUUUAAUUUCCAUUUUUUUUAAACUUUUGAACAAUUUUUAACUGGAAAUCUAGAUGUUCAAAAAAUUAAGUUUCAAAUUGUCUAGAAAAAAGUUGAUUUUCAGUCCACCACCUCAAAAAUCAUCAGCCACAACGCCCAAACAAAAAUCUUCCCCACAUCGUUCCCGUUCCCGCUCGCCAUCUCUUUCCUCUGUCGUCCUCUCCACUUCCCCCCUCGCAACAUCAUUCGGAAGUCCACACCAUUCAACCCACUCAACACUUCGCGGUUUCGUUUUGGGACAUCGACCGAUUCCGAUCCACGGAUCAUCAACACUUCCAUCGCCAAGAUCUUCAUCGAAUGGUUUGCCACCAAAAUCACGCCCAACUAUUUUGCCCAAUAAAAUGGGAACUAUUAAAGAAGGUGAUUUUUUUAUUUUUCGGGAAAUUUUAUAAAAAAUCAAUUUUCAGCAAACUUCUUGACAUCUGAACAAGUUUCCCGUGUUUGA